UCAUCUUUCUUCGUUUCUCAAAGUCCAAGCACAUAUUAUAUGAUCAUCAAAUACACCUCAGGAACCGAAAAUAACCCGAAUUCUUCUUAAUGGAUUCAAUCGUGAUCCGAUUUUCAGCUCCAUUUACGCUGGAAUCCAAUUAUUGUUAUUUAACCACCAAAAAUUUUAAAUCCAAUUUUCUCUCCUCAAUUCCCCGAACCAAGUCAUUCAAUUUCAAACUGGAAAAUCAAACCAAAGGCCAAAACGGUGUCGUCUUCGACGAGUCUGCUUAUGAAGCCGAGCGGCUGAGCCUUGACGCCAAGGCGCGACAAUCCAUGGCUGAGACCUCCAAACGAGAGGUGGAAAUGGGUACAGAGGAUGACCCGAAAGCAUGGAAAUGGGUAAUCCGAAAGAGGGUUUGGGAUUUAAUGGAGACCCGAAAUUUCUCCCAGAACCCCCGCCCCGUUCACCAUCGGAUCCCCAAUUUCGUUGGCGCUGCCGUUGCCGCCAAAAAUUUGGGUGGGUUGGAGGAGUUUCAGGUCGCCGGUUGUGUGAAGGUUAACCCGGAUUCGCCUCAGAAGCAAGUCAGGUUUCUUACACUUUCUGGUGGGAAAAAGUUGUUGACUCCACAGCCGCGUUUGAGGACUGGAUUUUUCUCUGUACUUGAGUCAAGCAUGUUAAGUCCUAGUACAAUCAAUGAGGCGUGCACCUCUGUAGGGGUUGCCAAGUAUGGAAGACCGAUUGGAUUGGAUGAAAAGAUUAAGGUUGAUCUUAUUGUCAUUGGUUCUGUUGCUGUUGACCCGAAGACAGGGGCUCGACUUGGAAAGGGAGAGGAUCUGCGUUUCAGGGAUUUGCAGAACUUGAAUAUGGGAUGCUGCGGUAUAUGGGAGCCAUCGAUGAUUCAACACCUGUUGUCACCUCUGGUAGUUGCAGUUUGUGUUCAUGCUUUGAAUGCCUAUGUUUUCUUUCCUCUCCAUUUCAUGACCAAUGAACAAUAUUGUGUGCAUGACUGUCAAUUGGUAGAUGAUAUUCCGGUCGAGAAAUUAUUGAUCCAUGAUGUUCCUGUGGACAUCAUAUGCACUCCCACUCAAGUCAUUUUCACAAACACAACCAUCCCAAAGCCUCAAGGUAUCUACUGGGACAAAUUAUCCCCUGAAAAAUUGGGACAAAUUCGGAUACUGAGGGAGCUUAAGAGCCGAAUUGAACGAGAGACAGGUCAGAAACUUCCUUCUAGUCCAUCAGAGAAAUUACCCCCUACAGCUCAAAGGAAGAGGCGGUAACUUAAUGUAUUUCUAAUUUUCUACAGAAAAAAACGAGAAAUGAAUAAAAAAUAUAACCAAAUACAGCAUUUGCCAUUACAUAUGUGAUGUAUCAUGUAUAGGCUAUUUUAAUUGUUCGGAUGAUAAUUUAUUUAUUGUUUCUCUGAUUUGCAUUUUUGAACUAA